UCCGAGAGCCUCCGCUCCGACAACAAGCCCACCACCUCUCCGCCUCCCCUGCACUCUACGGGAACUCCCCGCGUUGCACUACGAGCGUCGUCGUCCCUGAGUCUCUGCUGCCUUUCCCUCUCUCCGUGUGGACGUGGAGCUCCUGAGGAAGCGUCAUGAGGGUUUCUCUGCUGCUGAUCUUCGCUCUCGCGGCUCUCGUGGCGGCCGCUGAGUCGAAAAAAUGCAAGGGCAAGUGCGUGUCUGCCGGCUCGUGUGCGGGGAUGGAGACGAAGGCCGAGUGCGACGGCGCCCAGGUCUGCUGCGUGACCGCAAGAAAUAUUGACAUCAAAAGGAACUGCAAGCCCACUCGCAAAUGCGGCAAGCUCAAGGGUGAAUGCAGGAGGAAGAGCUGCCUCCCUGGAGAAGUCAAGUUCAAGAACAAGGGCAAGAAGACGUUCUGCAAGGGCAAGAAGAAGUGCGUUUGCUGUGCCAGAACCUGCGAAAACAAGGGCUUGUGCAACCUUAAGGGCGGUUUCUGCCAGCCCAUAUCCUUGCCUUGCGACGGCACGCUGGAGACUGGCAAACCCUACUGCAAGGCCAACAAGAAGCUGAAGGGAGGCAAAAAGAACAAGUGCGGAUGCUGCAUUCCAGCAGGUAAGUGGUGUUCUUUAGGAAAUGUUCACGUUUUAGCGACCUUUCUUGUGCCCAGAUAGCCUUUCCAGUUAUGUGGAUCGGCUUUGCUACAACGUUAAUUAGUAAGUCAGCAACAUAAUGGCACUUAAUAUGUGCAGACAACUAGCUUAUAUAGAAUUGGAGGGAUAAGCUCAGUUCAUCAUCAAAUCAAUGCAUUAUGUUUUGAAGGACAAACGUUUUGAUGAUAAAAAUGUAUCAUUCAUUGCCAUUUCCUUAUUCACAUUUCUUUCAUAUGUAUCUGUUGUGUACCAACAGCCGGCAGUCUCAACGGUCCCCAUCUGCCGCGAACCGUUAAUUCGGCGAUUAACCGCGAUUGCAUUUUCGAAAGGCAUUUCCGUUAUUAUCGUCUGCCUUUUCACUAAAAUGUGGCGAUUUCGAUUCGUUCGAUUUUCAGUCGUUUUUUCUUUUCUUUUCUUAUCUUCUGCAUCUAUGUUUUUUUUCUU